UAAAAAGACAAAGCAUACAGCUGAGGAAAUCUGCGUAGUCGCACGAGUCCCAUCAAAGAUCCAAUAUACAGAUUGGCAGUAGCUUGAGUGCUUACGCUGAUUCAUUAGAAUAAUAAACAAAGCAGUUUGUUAAACUCUAGUCGAAUUCAAAUAGGGCAGGAAGUCAAAAACACUAAAGAAAAAUGGCAUAUACGAAUGAAACAGAAAGCGACGUGUGGAAUUUCCUAUUCGUUGAGUUGGCUGAUCCACGUACAAAUGAUUGGUUCCUAGUUAAAUCGCCAGUACCGAUCUUCUCUAUUGUGGGGCUUUACUUGUAUUUCGUGCUUUCUUGGGGUCCACGUUAUAUGAACGAUCGCAAGCCUUUCAAAUUGGAAAAGACUUUAAUUGUGUAUAAUUUCCUACAGGUAUUGGUCAGCGCAUGGAUGGUCUACGAGGGCUGUGUGGCAUGGACAACGUACAAUUGGCGCUGCCAGCCGGUUAACCAUUCUUUCACACCGCAAGGUCUUAGGGAAGCGCGAGGCGUCUAUGUCUACUAUUUGGCGAAAAUCACCGAAUUAUUGGACACAGUUUUCUUUGUGUUGCGCAAAAAUGAACGUCAAGUUACAUUCCUACACGUAUACCAUCACUCAGUUAUGCCGUUGAUCUCAUGGGGCACCACCAAAUACUAUCCCGGCGGGCAUGGCACCUUCAUUGGCUGGAUCAACUCAUUUGUGCAUAUUGUUAUGUACACCUAUUACUUAUUAUCGGCAUUUGGCCCGAAAAUGCAAAAGUAUCUGUGGUGGAAGUCGCACAUAACCAAUCUGCAAAUGAUCCAAUUCUGCAUGGUCUUCAUACAUCAAACUCAGCUCCUGUACACCGAUUGCGGUUAUCCCAGAUGGUCCGUUUGUUUCACCCUACCCAAUGCCAUUUUCUUCUACUACCUCUUCAAUGACUUCUAUCAGAAAUCGUACAAAAAGAAACAAGUGCAAGCAGCAGAUGCUUUGAAUGCCAAAUGUGCCGCCGCUGCUGCUGCAACGGCCAGCGACAACAACAAUGACAUCACCGCCAAAAAUUUGAAUGGUUUACCGAUAGCCGCAGCGUGCGACACACAAGCGAAAAAGAAUCUGUAAACAAAAGCUUUAAAAAAUAAAAAAAAAAUUAAUGAGGUGCCUUACCUCCAAGAACUGCCAAAAUGGACUCAAAAGAACACGCGCACGCAUAAAUGUGUAUGUGUAUGUUUGUUCGAGUAUAUGUAUGUAUAUGCGUGCCCACUCACCGACGCUGUGUCCGAAGCUGAUCCGGGGCCAAGAUGUCAGCUAUACCUCAACAU